CUUGCUUUUUCUGCCCCCAAAGCCGCAGGGAAGCGCAGCGCCGGAGACACAGCAUCUGUCCUGGCUCACGCUUGUAGACCCGCAUCUGCUCGUUCACGCCCUUUCCGUGAAGGACCUUGUCUGCUGAGGGUCUCAAGCAGGCCAGCCGUCAUCCGGAUGUGUGGUUUCGAGGCGUACGCGGUGUGUCUGCCCUGAUCUUUCCAAAACGCAGGCACCGAGGGCCCCGGUGCACGGGGUUAUCCCCUUCAACAGGUCCCUUCGCAUCAGCGUUGUCCAGGAGCUCUGGAAGUGCCCUCGCUCCCCUUCCUGCCUGUUUCGCCUCCAUCAGCAGCUGAGCUGGUGAGAUAAUGGAGCUGAGGACUGUGGUAGCCACGGUGGAAAGCGGGGAGCAAGACACAGUUCUCAAGGUGCUUCAGGUCUACAACCAGGAGAAAUAUCAGUGCUUCACCUUUGAUGAUGAGGAGCGGGAAGACAGGAAGAAAAUGGCCCAGCUGCUGAUCGAGUUCUUGGAAAGAGAGCUCCAGCCAUCCUGCCAGGUCACAUGUUUGGAAAGCAUCCGUAUCCUGUCCCGAGACAAAUACUGCCUUGACCCUUUCACCACCAAGGAAGGCCUGAAGACUCUCUCCAGGCAUGCUGGCAUUGAUUACUCAGAGGAGCUCAUCCGAGAGGUCCCAGACUUGGAUGUGAUCCUAGAAUCCCUCAAAUGUCUCUGCAACAUUGUCUUCAGCAGCCCUAGGGCACAGGAGCUGACAGCUGAAGCCCGGCUGGCGGUUGGCCUGGCCAAGCGCAUCAAAUUGUACAACGAGAGGAGCCUUCCCCACGAGGUCAAGUUCUUUGACCUGCGUCUCCUGUUCCUGCUGACAGCGCUCAGAGUGGAUAUCCGGCAGCAGCUAGCCCAAGAGCUCAGGGGCAUCAGCCUGAUGACAGAUACCCUGGAGCUGACCCUCGGUGUGAAGUGGAUGGACCCGUAUGAAGUUGCCGCCGAGGAGGGACUUCUCCCACCUUUGCCUCGGCAGGAGACAGAGCGAGCGAUGGAGAUCCUGAAAGUGCUCUUCAAUAUCACCUUUGAUUCCAGCAAGAGGGAGGUGGAUGAGGAAGAUGCUGCUUUGUACCGGCACUUAGGUGCCCUCCUGCGCCACUGCCUCAUGAUCUCUGCUGACGGAGAGGACCGGACGGAGGAAUUCCACAGCCAUACAGUUAACCUUUUGGGCAACCUGCCUCUGAAAUGCUUGGAUGUCCUCUUGACCCCGAAAGUCCGGCCAGGCUCACUUGAGUACAUGGGUGUCAACAUGGAUGCAGUCAGCAUCCUGCUAGAUUUCCUAGAGCGACGUCUUGACAGGGGACACAAGCUGAAGGAGAGUCUGACCCCUGUGCUGAACCUGCUGACCGAGAGCGCCCGAGUCCAUCGCCAGACGAGGAAGUUCCUGAAGGCAAAGGUGCUGCCCCCUCUCCGGGAUGUAAGGAAUCGGCCGGAGGUGGGGAACUCGCUGCGGAACAAGCUGGUGCGUUUGAUGACCCACAUUGACACUGAUGUGAAGCACUGUGCAGCAGAGUUCCUCUUUGUGCUCUGCAAGGAGAGCGUGUCACGGUUCGUGAAGUACACAGGCUAUGGGAAUGCAGCUGGGCUCCUGGCAGCGCGAGGCCUCAUGGCUGGUGGUCGGGAAGAGGGAGAGUACUCGGAGGAUGAAGACACCGACACGGAGGAGUACAAGGAGGCAAAGCCCAACAUUAACCCUGUGACGGGACGCGUUGAGGAGAAACUCCCCAACCCCAUGGAAGGGAUGACUGAAGAGCAGAAGGAAUAUGAAGCCAUGAAGUUAGUCAACAUGUUUGACAAGCUGUCCAGAGAGCAAGUCAUCCAACCCAUGGGCAUCACGCCGAGUGGCAACCUUGCUCCCAUGGAGAACGCCAUCCGCGAUAUGGCUGACGAGAGGUCGUCGUCCGACUCGGACCUGGGGUUGGACUGACCCCGACCCCUCGCCCCAACCCAAGAGGACUGGGGAGCCUCCAUCUGCUCUCCCUCCAGAACUGGUGCUGCACCCGGAGGCUAGUAUUGGGCCAGGACUCUCCCUGUGGGAUCUGAAUGCAGCCUGGACCCUUCACAGUCCACAGUGAAGAACACCCCCUGCCUCCUUUCCCAGCUCCACAAACCACCUCUUUCUAGAAGCUCUUUGUGGCCUGGCUCCACCUUGGUCUCUGCCCUCCACAGCCUCGAGGAUUUCAGAGUCCAAACUGCUUCCAGGACUUCUCAUUAGGUUUUUCUUUUGAAUAUGUGAUGUUUGGGAAGAAGGGGCGGGGGGAAAUCUUUGUGUCACGUCAACAGGGUUCAGUAACCUGUGGAGCGUUUCGUGUACGUGCCGAUGCUUGUGCGGCUACAUGUCGGCGUGUGCGUCUCUGCGUGGUUACGCGGGGCAGUCGCUCCUGAGAAAUGCAGUUGGGAGUGUGGGGCUCCACGAGAGGGGUGCGAGUUAUUCAUGGCAGAGGUUGGGGAGGGGGCAUCCGCGGGGUGCCUCAGCAUAGUGCAUGCGUUUCAUUAGCAGGUCCCUGUACACGUGUGCUCAGUGUGCGUACGCAUCGCGGUGUCUGCGCGAGCGUGGACUCGCCGUGAGCGUGCAUGUGAGUGCAGAGGGGAGGGCUGGGCGUGCUGCGGUGAACAGCACGUGCGCUGGGGGAGCAGGCGGGAGGGGAGAGGCGAGUAAAGCUCUCGGGUGAAGCUUCCAGCACUCCCAUCAACCACAGGAAAGAAACUUGCAGGUGACUGCCAGAAACACGGAUAUUUAGUCUGUGGCACUGUGCAAUGUUCCUAUUACCACUGAGUUUAGUUUUUGGCGUUGGCCUUUAUCCGUUAUGCUUUCAAAAUGAAAGGCCAAAAUCUGUGCUGUAUGUUGUUGCCUCCUCAUCUGCCUUGGCUUUCCCACAGAUCCGUUGCUCUUUGUGCCUGGGGGCUGGUGUUGAUCCUGUCCUUUGCUGUGGCUUGGAUUUGUCUUUUCUUUAUUCCUUUGUUUUUCCUUUUUAAAGAGAAAUGUUUUAAAGGAAAAUCUUCCAGUUUGUCAUGUACCAAAACUUACUAGCGCACACAGGAAUGCAGAAGUUAUGCUAGAAUAAAGAAAACCUCCUGACAAAUGGUUUUAUGUCAGUGAUUCAUCUAGCAUCAUAGUCUAAGCAAGUGAGGAAACAUUGCUUUUUUUCUGACAAGCAAAUGGUUCCGCGCUAAUCA